CAGGAGGAGCCAAAAUGCGGGCGCGACCGAGAGAGUGAGGCGCCACGUCAGCGCGAUGGUGAUCUUCCCCGGUAACGCCGCCCCUUCGCUCUAACCCGGCCGAGGCGGCGAUUAAAUUAAGCUGAUUCCGGGUUAAAGCCUCCGGGAUCCAACCAAGGCAAACGCUGCUACGCCCAAGCCUAAAACCUCUCCCGGUCUCGGCUCGGUUCGAGCGAGUGGUGCUCUCCCCGUCUCGUACCGCACUCGCCCGCGCGCAGGAAGGUUGACCCCGUCGGGGGCCGGCGAGCUUCGCAGAGUGAAAAAUGGAUGGAAAUACUAGAGGGGGUGGGCAUUCUGAAGCGUUAAGAAACUACAACCUGGGAAGAACAUUAGGUAUUGGUACAUUUGGAAAAGUGAAGAUUGCAGAGCAUAAGCUUACAGGACACAGGGUUGCUAUAAAGAUCAUUAACCGUCGCCAAAUGAGAAAUAUGGAAAUGGAAGAGAAAGCAAAUAGAGAAAUCAAGAUACUGAAGCUGUUCAUUCACCCCCAUAUCAUUCGCCUUUAUGAAGUCAUUUACACACCUACAGAUAUAUAUGUUAUGAUGGAGUAUUGCAAGUAUGGUGAGCUGUUUGAUUACAUUGUUGAGAAAGGCAGAUUACAGGAAGAUGAAGCUCGCCGAAUCUUCCAACAGAUUAUAUCUGGUGUUGAAUACUGCCAUAGAAACAUGGUUGUUCAUCGUGACCUAAAACCAGAAAACUUGUUGCUUGAUUCGAAGUAUAAUGUAAAACUUGCGGACUUCGGCUUGAGCAAUGUCAUGCAUGAUGGUCAUUUUUUGAAGACUAGCUGUGGGAGUCCAAACUAUGCUGCUCCAGAGGUAAUUUCUGGUAAAUUAUAUGCUGGACCAGAGGUUGAUGUAUGGAGUUGUGGAGUAAUCCUUUAUGCUCUUCUUUGUGGUACUCUUCCAUUUGAUGAUGAGAAUAUUCCCAACCUGUUCAAAAAGAUAAAGGGAGGUAUCUAUACUCUUCCAAGUCAUUUGUCUGCUUUGGCCAGAGAUUUGAUACCAAGAAUGCUUGUUGUCGACCCUACGAAGAGAAUCACAAUUCGUGAAAUUCGAGAGCAUCAAUGGUUCCAGAUUCGCCUUCCUCGUUACUUGGCAGUGCCUCCACCAGACACAACACAACAAGCCAAAAUGAUUGAUGAAGAUACUCUCCAUGAUGUUGUUAACUUGGGAUUUAACAAGGACCAUGUGUGUGAAUCACUGUGCAAUCGACUGCAAAAUGAGGCAACUGUUGCAUAUUAUUUGCUCUUGGACAAUCGGUUUCGAGCUACUAGUGGCUAUCUCGGGGCAGACUAUCAGGAAACGACGGAUAGGAAUUUAAACCAGAUGGCUUCUUUGGAAGUAGCUAGUUCUAGUACGAGGCAUUAUCUUCCAGGAAGCAGUGAUCCUCAUGGUAGUGGCUUGCGGCCACAUUAUCCGGUCGAAAGAAAAUGGGCUCUUGGACUUCAGUCUAGGGCGCACCCUCGGGAGAUAAUGGUUGAGGUUCUCAAAGCACUUCAAGAAUUAAAUGUCUCCUGGAAGAAGAAUGGACAGUACAACAUGAAAUGCAGAUGGUCCCUGGGUUUUCCUGAGGAUAUGUUAGAUGCCAACAGCAGUUUUCUUAUUGACUCUACCAUCAUGGAUAAUGGCGAUGUAAAUGGGAGGCUACCUGCUGUGAUCAAGUUUGAAGUCCAGCUUUACAAGACCAGGGACGACAAGUACCUGCUGGAUAUGCAGAGGGUUACUGGACCUCAGCUACUUUUCCUGGACUUUUGUGCGGCCUUCCUUACUAAGCUCAGGGUUCUAUAGUGCCGCGUUUUGCUUCAGAGCGGUGAAUAACCAAACCGAGGGUUCGACCGCGUGUGGUCUCUCACUGCAGUGAUGAAUAAACGACAGCGUGUAAAUAGGCAACUUUUUUUUCUUUUUUUUUCCUUGUUGACAGAGAACCGUGUUGCUUGAGUGAGUAUUCCUCCUGGGUUAAGCACCUAGGUUGGUUGUUAUAGAUAGAUUUGAUAGUUCACAGGCUUAGUCAACUGUCUGGGUGGACAAUGCUGUUUCUGCAGGCCGUGGCAUGGUACCGCUGGUGCUGGUGCUGGUGCUGCAGGCAAGCUUUUAUGAAAAAUGCAAGAUCUGGCUUCUGUUCACCCGUUGAGAA